AUGGGCAGUUAUUUCGGUUGUGAGGACCGGGAGCGCAGGAAGCCCAUGAACUGGGCCUUCCGAGAUUCCCGGGCGGUCAGCUGUCUCGGACAAACCCAGGACCUGGCCAACAUCUCCAUGAUGACGGACUUCCUCCUGCUGGGUUUCUUGGAGGUCCGGGAGCUGCAGCUGGUACACGCCGUGCUGUUCCUCCUGGUCUAUCUGGCGGCUCUGAUGGGGAAUCUCCUCAUCGUCUCCGUCACCGUCCUCGAUCGGCACCUCCAGACGCCCAUGUACUUCUUCCUCAGGAACCUGUCAAUCCUCGACCUCUGCCUCAUCACCGUCACCGUCCCUAAAUCUGUCCUCAACUCCUUGACCAACUGUAACUCCAUCUCCUUCUUGGGCUGUGCCGCUCAAGUCUUCCUGGUUGUUCUGUUUGGCAGUUCAGAGUUUUUCAUACUCACGGCAAUGUCCUAUGACCGCUACGUGGCCAUCUGCCACCCCCUGAGCUAUGGUGUCAUCAUGGACCCAGGGGCCUGUGUAAGGGUGGCUGCCGCCUCCUGGCUCAGCGGAGGGCUGUGUGGAAUCUUGUUCUCAGCUCCAACUUUCUCUCUGUCCUUCUGCGGGUCCAACGUAGUCCAGCAGUUCUUCUGUGACGUCCCCUCCCUGUUGAGGAUCUCCUGCUCCGAAGACCACGUCGCCCUCGAUGUGUGUGUGACCACCGGGGUGGUGCUCGCUUUCGUCUGCUUCGUCUCCAUCAUCGUCUCGUAUUUACGCAUCUUCCGGGCCGUGCUGAAGAUGCCGGCCGCCGAGGGCCGGGCCAAAGCCUUCUCCACCUGCCUGCCUCACCUUGCCGUCGUCACUCUUUUUGUCAUGACUUGUUCCUAUGCUUACCUGAAGCCGCCGUCAGGCUCCCACUCGACACUGGACCUGCUGGUGCCCAUGUUCUACACCAUGGUGCCCCCAGCCCUCAACCCCCUCAUCUACAGCUUGAGGAAUCGGGACAUGAAGGCCGCCCUGGGUAGGGUCCUUGGAGGGAAUGGCUUCUAUCUGAGGGAGAAAAUCAUCAUCUUAUGA